GCAGUGGGGCCCGGCGCUGGCGGGUCGUGCGCUCGGGGGAGGCUCGGGGUCCGGCGCGUGGCGGCCGAUGGCGGAGCCCCGGGGCGAGCUCGAGCCUCUUUUGAGCCGGGCCCGUAGCGGCGGCAGCAGCGACUUCCCGCCGGGGCAGUUCGCUCAGGUGGGCCCGGGUGCCGGCGCUGGCCAGGACCUCUGCAUCAACCAGGCUGUGGUCUUCAUUGAAGAUGCCAUUGAGUACCGCUCCAUCUACCACCGAAUGGACUCUAGCUCGCUGUGGCUGUACCGCUGCUAUUACUCAAACUGGUGCCAGCGGGCUCUGAGUGCCGCCAUUUUCCUGAUCCUGGCUUUGGCUUUUGUGGAGACACCUUCCUCGUUCACCCGGACAGCAGACGUGCGCUACCGCUCUCGGCCCUGGGAGCCGCCCUGUGGCCUGACUGAAGGUGUGGAGGCGCUCUGCCUGCUGCUCUUCGUGGCCGAUGUCUCCGUGAAGGGCUACCUGGUGGGCCGGGCCCAAUUCCAGAAGAAUCUGUGGCUGCUGGCCUACCUCGUGGUGCUGGUGGUGUCCCUGGUGGACUGGACGGUGUCCCUGGGCCUGGCUUGUCAGGAGCCGCUGCGCAUCCGCCGGCUGCUCCGCCCCUUCUUCCUGCUGCAGAACUCCUCCAUGAUGAAGAAGACCCUGAAGUGCAUCCGGUGGUCACUGCCCGAAAUGGCCAGCGUCGGGCUGCUGCUGGCCAUCCACCUGGGCCUCUUCACCGUGCUGGGAAUGCUGCUCUUCACCAUGGGCGAGAAGGAUGAAAAGCAGGACAAGGAGAGACUGGCCUACUUCCGGAGCCUUCCAGAAGCACUGACCUCCCUCCUGGUGCUGUUGACCACUGCCAACAACCCUGACGUGAUGACGCCUGCCUAUUCCAAGAACCGGGCCUAUGCCGUCUUCUUCAUCGUCUUCACCCUCAUCGGAAGCCUGUUUCUCAUGAACCUGCUGACUGCCAUCAUCUACAAUCAGUUCCGAGGCUACCUGAUGAAGUCCCUGCAGACCUCGCUGUUCCGCCGGCGGCUGGGGACCCUCGCUGCCUUCCAGGUCCUCUCCUCCCUGGCAGGGCAGGCUGGAGCUGUCCCCGAGGCAGUUGGGGUGAGGCCCCAGGAUGUGCUGCAGGUGCUCCAGAGAGCCCGGCUGGGCGGUGCCCACAAGCAGGCCCUUGUGGAGAAGGUGUGCGCCCACGACGGUGACCUGCUGCCGGCUCACGAGUUCCAGAAACUCUUUGAUGAGGUGGACAAGAGUGUAAUCAAAGAGCACCCGCCCAGGCCCCAGUACCGGACCCCGCUCCUGCGCACGGCCCAGUUCCUCUUCAGCCACCGCUACUUCGACUACCUGGGGAACCUCGUAGCUCUGGGAAACCUUGUGUCCAUUGGUGUGUUCCUGGUGCUGGACGAGGAUCUGCUGCCCACUGCGCGCAAUGACUUCGUGCUGGGGGUUCUCAACUAUGUCUUCCUCCUGUACUACGUCCUGGAGCUGCUGCUCAAGGUCCUGGCCCUGGGCCCGCGCGGCUACCUGUCCUACCCCAGCAACGUGUUCGAUGGCGUCCUCACCGUCCUCUUGCUGGUCCUGCAGAUCUCAGCCCUGGCUGUGUACCCGCUCCCUCAGGCCGGCAGGAAGCCGGAGGUGCUGGGUCUGCUGUCGCUGUGGGACCUGACGCGGCUGGUGAACAUGCUCAUCGUGUUCCGCUUCCUCCGGGUCAUCCCCAGAAUGAAGCCUAUGGCGGUGGUGGCCAGUACCAUCCUCGGCCUGGUGCAGAACUUGCGGGCGUUUGGUGGGAUCCUGGUGGUGGUGUACUACGUAUUCGCCAUUGUUGGGAUCAGCUUGUUUCGGGGUGCUGUCGUGGCUCCGGGGAACAGCAGUCUGGCCUCUGCCAAUGUCUCGGCACCCUGUGGAAGCUUCGAGCAGCUGGAGUACUGGGCCAACAACUUCGAUGACUUCGCUGCUGCCCUGAUCACGCUGUGGAACGUGAUGGUGGUGAACAACUGGCAGGUGUUCCUGGAUGCCUACCGCCGCUACUCAGGCCCGUGGUCGAAGGUCUACUUUGUGCUCUGGUGGCUGGUGUCCUCCGUCAUCUGGGUCAACCUGUUUCUGGCACUGCUUCUUGAGAACUUCCUUCACAGGUGGGACCCGCGCGGCCACCAGCAGCCCCUGGCCGGCUCGCAGGAGGCCCCGUGCCAGGGCUCAGUGGAGCUCCUGUUCAGGGACGUGCUGGAGGAGCCCCGCGAGGAGGAGCUGCUGGACAGGCUGGGCCGGCACCCGCACCUGCGGCUGUCCAGGUGACGGCAGGCCUCGGGCUGGGCCCCGAGAAGGAGAUGCCGGCCCAGGACCCACGCUGGCUGUGGGGGAAGAGCGGGAGCAGGAGGAGGAGGAGGAGGAGGAGGAGGAGGAAGAAGCAACCAUGCCGUGACAGAGCACUCCGCGGGCACGGGUGGAGGCAGAGACAAGUACCCUUGUGUCUGGGUCACGGCAGCCUCUCGGGACGGCGCUGGCCACCGUGGCCGUCACGGGGCAGGGCGUCUGCUCAGGGCUGCGUUCCUCUGCGCCCUGCUUCAGUGAGGCUCUCCGCGGGGACCUGGACGCAGCCGCGGGACAGGGAGCAGCUGCUUCCCCGCGUGCCUUCGCUGCGGGUGGUCUUCAGGGACCUGAGCCCUGCUCGGGGCCUGCGCAGGGUGGCCGGCAGGAUCCAGGGUGCCCAGGUUGGGGUGCCGGUGGCUUUCCAUGAGGAGAAUGUGGACUGUUGUUACUUUGUGCCUUGUGUGAGUGAUCGGGUGUAAUUCUCCCGGUCAGAGCACCAAUCAUGACGGCCUUCUGUGAAGAACGGCUCUGCUGUGUUGUUACUCCUGGCUGUCUCUGGGCUCGGCUGCUGAAUUCGCCGUUGAAGCUGUGUGCUGCACCGGGACACCCGGCUGUGGGGUGCGCCGGGCUUUUCGUGUACUGCGUGGGGCACGCUUAGUGAUGCGCAUAGG